AUGCCCCAAAAGGCACAAAACGACACAGACAUGGGAAUUUAUUCGGCCGUCUAUUCGGGUGUCAAUGUCUACGAGAUGGAAGUCAACAACGUCGCUGUCAUGCGGCGCCAGACCGAUGGGUGGCUCAACGCGACACAAAUUCUCAAAGUGGCGGGGGUGGAUAAGGGCCGCCGCACCAAAAUUCUCGAGAAGGAGAUCCAGACGGGGGAGCACGAGAAGGUCCAGGGAGGCUACGGGAAAUACCAGGGCACUUGGAUCCCAUUUGAGCGAGGGUUUGAGGUCUGCCGACAAUACGGUGUAGAGGAGGUGCUGAUGAGGCUUUUGACCCACAAGCGAGGCCAGGAAGGGGGGAUAGCCGAUGUCGACACGCCGACCAAGGAACAAGCCAUGGCAGCUCAAAGGAAGCGAAUGUACAACGCGAGCUCGCAAGAGAACCGCGCCAAUGGCCUGUCUGGCACCUUUUUCAAGAACAUCUCCUCGACGGCGUCGCACGCCAUAAACGCAAUCAGCAAGGCUCGAUUCGAUUCCCCCGGGCCCAGAAACCGCAACGGUCCUAGUCGCGCGCCCAGCUUCCACCGUCAAUCCUCAAUGCAGGACUCCUCCAACGAUUUCCCUCCGAACUCGCAACAGAGCUUCGUUUCCGACUACAAUCAUGCCGACUCGGCUUUUGGGUCACAAACCACACAAGUGGCGCCGGGGGAUAACGAACAGCCUCCCAGGAAACGGCAAAGGGUCCUUACGCCCGCGAACAGCUUUGGUGGCUUGACCCCGACCUACCCCCAGUUGGACGGCUACGCGGCUAACUACCCGGGGUCGCCGACGGAACCCAAUGAAUCGUUUAUCUACUCCCAGGCGGGCGUCCAUCUGGAGCAGGAGCCUAACUACGCUCCGGGGCCACUCCGGCCCCUCCCGUAUGACAUGUCUCCGGAGGCUGAGGCGAAGCGGAGCAUGCUCAUGGGACUCUUCAUGGACCCCAGCGGCCCGGAUGAAGCUAAGAGAAAUGUGCUGCGCAACAUGAUCCCGCAGGAACUCGACGCUCCGAUCGAUACCCAGAGCCAUACUGCCCUGCAUUGGGCCGCAACUUUGUCUAGGAUGCCCCUAUUGCGGGCCCUUAUCGAGGCCGGCGCGAGCCCAUUCCGCGUCAACUCGUCGGGAGAGACGGCCCUGAUGCGGGCUUGCAUCGUCACCAACUCGAUGGAUCAUAACUCGUUCCCCGAGCUGCUCGAUGUUCUGGGCGUCACCAUCGAUGUAAGGGACGACAAGGGCAGGACCGUGUUGCACCACAUCGCCGUGACGAGUGCCGUGAAGGGGAGGAAUUCCGCCAGCCGAUAUUACCUCGAGAGUCUUCUGGAAUGGGUCGUGCGGCAGGGUAGCGCCCCUAGCAGCCAAAACAUCCCUGGCAGCCUCAGCGCGCCGGCAAAGAUGGGUAUCGGCCGGUUUAUGAGCGAGAUCGUCAACGCGCAGGACAGCAGCGGUGAUACCGCAUUGAACAUUGCCGCGAGGAUCGGCAACCGCAGCAUCGUGUCGCAGCUUCUUGAGGUGGGCGCUGACCCGAAUAUUGCCAACCGCGCGGGUCUAAGACCCGUGGAUUUCGGUAUUGGCACAGAUGCAGAGGACAAUCGAAAUGGCGAGGUGUCGGACAAGAACGGUGCCUCGCAGGGUGGUUCCAACCAGAAGAAUAAGGAGAAUAGCGACGAGGUGGUAAACUCAAUCACUCACCUCAUCACCGAGUCAUCAUCACUGUUCCAAACCGAACUGAAGAAGAAACAAGAAUCUAUCGACACACUCCACAGCUCCCUCCGCACUACGUCGGCGCAAGUCGGCGAGGCCCGCCGCACGCUGGAGUCCCUGCAGGAAAAGCUCAAGGCGCAGCAGCUGGCGCGGCAGAAGGUGGUCAACCUCAAACGAGCCUGCCAGGAGGAAGAAUACGAGCUUCUCCAACUGGAGCAGCGCCACGGCCGACUUGACAUAGAUUCCGCGAACGCAUGGGAGAUCGACCUGGAGAUGGUGCUGGACGGAAUUGCCGCGGCCAACACGCAACAGCAGCAGCAGCCGCAGCAGCAGCCACAGCAACAAGCGCCCACGGACAACGGGUACUUUCACGGAUUGGCGGAGGAACACCUCGCGCGGCUACCCAGCUCUGCGGUCCUCCGGGCGCGGGUCAACGCCCUGCGUGAGCAGUCGGGGCAAACCCACCAGGCGGUGGAGGCGCUGCAGGCGCGGAGCAAGGACAGAGAGCUCGGGUACCGGCGGCUCGUGGCGCUGUGCACGCGGCGGCCGGAGAGCGAGGUGGACAUGCUGCUGGAUACGCUGACGAGGGCCGUCGAGUCGGAGAAGGGCGAGCUGGAGAUCACGAGAGUCAGGAGAUUUCUCGGCGGGGUCGAAGGUGUUGCAUGA